AGCCGCCCAGGGCCAGCAGUUCCAUUAUUUGAAAUCGACAACUCCGUUGACUGUAAACACUCGAUUAAUAUUGCUUAUGCCCAUUAUCACGGGAAACCCAAUAGUAAAAACCAGUCUUCGAAUUAUUUUACGUCCACAUUUUUUUACUGUUCUUCCUGAUAGCUGCUGAUCUUUUUUAAAAAUUCGAUGGAAGUCCUUGUUCUUUUUAAUUACGACGGUCAAGCAGAUGACGAACUUACAAUAAGAAAAGGAGAUGUUAUACUGGAUGUAAAGAAGCUUGAAGGAGGUUGGUGGGAAGGAUUACUUGGCUCCAAGCGAGGGCUUUUUCCUGAUAACUUUGUUAUGGUAGUGGCUGAGGCUGACAUGAAUCAAUCUUACUCUUCUGCAGCAGUCCGCUCAGAGAAAGGAAGAAAGUGUCGAGCAUUGUUUAGUUAUGCUCCUUCACACGAAGAUGAAUUACAACUUCUUGUAGGAGAUGAGAUUCAUUUUCUUGGAGAGGUUGAAGAAGGUUGGUGGAGAGGAAAGCUAAAUGGAAAGAUUGGGGUUUUUCCUUCCAAUUUUGUUGUUAUUGAAGAUCCUCCAACCAGCACAGCUAUCCAUGUUCCAAAGGGACCGGUCACUAAUCAAGUGGCUAUUUCGUCCGAUAUUGCUCCUGAACUACCUCCUAAGCCCCUCAGAGAAAUUGCAAGAGUUCUGUUUCCAUAUUCUGCUCUGCAGCCUGAUGAACUGGAGCUCCGAGAAGGAGACUUGGUGACUAUACAUAGCAAAGACUGUGAAGAUAAAGGGUGGUGGAAGGGAGAGGUCAACAAUAAAAUUGGUGUGUUUCCUGAUAACUUUGUUGAAGUGAUACCUCAUAAUUCUAGUAGUGGUGCAUUGGGGAAGUCUGUGCACCCAACGCUCAACAUUUCACCUUCAACUGGAACAGCCAAGACGCCACAAAUUCGCGGGGUUCCGAAGAAGGAACCUGCAAGCCCACCUCCAUCCACUAAUAUUGAUUCAGUCCCACGUAAUAUAUCUUCUUUUACUGGAAAUACUGUGGAGAAUCCAAAUUCUCUGAGUGAUGAACAGAAAUUGCAGCAAGUUGAAGCUGAUAUUCUAAAUGCCAUUACACCAACGGAAUCGCUUCCCCACAUCACAGCAUCCAGAGCCCGUCCAACUAAAACCCGAAGGCCACCCUCAGCCUUAUUUUUUAAGGAUGUUGAAAAUGAGGAUUCAAGCGGAGGCCUUUCCAUUCCAUCAGUUAUUCGUGGAUUGAGUGUCCCAACAGAAGAGUUGGAGAAAAGUAGUCCAGGGUCACCAGUUGAGCAGCAACAGCGCCCAAUGACAAAGAUGCGAAAUUCGUCGAUUAAACCCCCUUGGAUGGAAGAGCUAAAACGAAAUCAGGAAAAGAAGGAAAAAGGUUCGAUUACUACCACUACGAACAGUAAUCAUGAAAAACCUUCUGUUCUCCCAGUAAAACCUAUAAUUCCGAAAUCCACCAACACUUCUAUGGAUGUGCCACCGAAUAGUCAACCACACACGCAGUCAGAAGCAAAUUCUGUUACUUUGAAAGAGCUAAUCUCACACAAAGUGGGACCGAAAAAUGUUAACGCCAAAUUCGAACAAUUGUCUUCAGUUGAAGUUCCGGGGAUUCACGAAGGCCCGCCCCCAAAAUCGUUUGGGAAUGUAACAGGGCCUAUCAGUUUGUCGUCCGUGUUACCCAAUGAAAAAACUACCCAAAAGGAAUCAGCUGUCCCAUCUGCGCUACAAUUCCGUGACGAGAAAAAAACCUUACCGGAAACUGGGACAUCGAUGGUGUUGAAAGAAUAUCCAGAAGCUAACUUUAGUAGCCAUGGAACUGGGAAUGCGACGAAACAAACAUUGACGUCACUACAUCCUUCCAAAGGUCCAGGAGUAAAACAAACUGUGUGUUCAACAAACCACAAUCCAGUCAACCUUAAUGAACUUGCACAGUUAAAUAAUUCAGAUUAUAUAGUUCAACGGGAGUUACACUCUCUCCAACUUCGCGUGGCUUCCCUAGAGGCAACAGUCUUAAAUCUUCAAAUGGAACUUUUACAGCUAAAAAAUGCACCCGUCGAAGAACAUAAGUGUCGGUGCAUGCAAAAAGUGAGCAGUACUGAGGCAUCACUGGUCCAUAUUUAAAACGAAAUGGCAAGUCCUAUUUUAACCUUUUACCCUUUUACUUAAAAAUACGAAGUGUGUAUCGUGAUUAGUACUGUAAAAAUUGAUUUUCUGAAUUCAAUCAUUAUCUAUUUUUAAGCAGACAUUCCAAUCCUCAGUCAAAGUUAGUCACGUGACAUUAUUCAACACUCGUACUUCUCUAGUUGAUGCAAAUUUAUAAACUUGCUGUAUCCGUUUUUUUUUGUUUGUUUGUUGGGUGCUAACAUAUUGUUCCACAGUUAAGAACAGUGUUACAAUCUACGAGUAAUGAAGGAGGUUUAUUUAUUUUACCUGGGGAAAUAGGACCAGCCAAUAGAUCUCCGUUCUUCCAAAAGGGAAAGUAAAGAGACACCCUUGCUUGUAUCCACAAAAAUUGCCGGUGCUGAAGUUUAAUUCUGAAAAAUUAAAAGAAGUUGUAUAUCGCGUUACAUCGAAUUCUUAUCUUGUACUUUAAUCGUAAUAAAGUAACAUAACGGUAGUGAAGUAAUCACGUCGACGAGUACUUCUUCCUGAAAUUGCGUUAAAUAUGUGUGCUAUUAUACGAACCUUAUGCAUGCGAACCUAUUCAGUCUUGACAUAUUCCUCGUAAACAAACAGUUGAGUAGCGUACUUACGUGCCUUUGAAGUUUUUGUAGCUGGUUGUAAAUAUGUUGCCUCAAAAUUUAAACUUCAGUAGGUUAAUACGAGUAGUUAAGAUUACAACAAUCAUUCUGUAUUUAAUUAUAAGUAGUGCCAACAAUAUAAAGCUGAAAAUUU